GUUGUAAAGCCGGGUAGCAAUGGCGAUUUUUAACUGAUAACAUGUAGGACAAUUCCAGGUCAAAUGCAUAUCGAGCUUGAUGACACGAACAGCUCCAACUAAGAAAACACACCUCCAACUUCAGCAGAUCAUUCAACAGAUCAAUUGAAUUACUUGACGUGUCUACACCCGUCAGUCCCCAACUAGAUAUCCUCAAUAAACACCCAAUCCCAACCAAAACCAGUCACCUGACCCGACCCUCUCUCCCUCCCAUCCUCAAUUUCUCUACCAUCACCUCACACCACCAUCAACAAACCCACCCCACGACUCCGCAGACUACGAAAAUGAAACCCCCCACCCCCUUCCCCCUCGCCCUCAACAUCGGCACCGACAUCGUCCACCUCCCCCGCAUCGCCCGCCUCCUCACCCGCCAGAACGGCACCUACCUCGCCCGCUUCACCCGCCGCAUCCUGCACCCCCGCGAACAUGCCGACUUCCGCGCGCGCUUCCAGCUGUCCCCCUCCCUGGUACCUCUACAUGUACACGAUCCCCAGCCCCAAGCAAAAUCCCAACCCCAAUCCCAAUCCCAAGUGCAGCCCAAAUCCCAACCCCAACCCCAUCCUUCAUCUUCGCUACCCCCCGUGACGAUCACCCCGGACAUGACCCGCUGGCUCGCGGGGCGGUUCGCCGCCAAGGAGGCCGCGCGGAAGGCGGCGCCGCGGGGCGCCGCGCAGCUCGGGUGGAAGGAGGUGGUUGUGCGGGUGAGUGAGGUCGAUGAGGGGCGGCCGGAGGUGGUGUUUCUGGAUGGGUUGGGGGGCGAUGGGGAUGGGCAGAAAGGUGAGGGUGAGGGCAGGGUGGGCAAGUUGUCGAUUUCGCAUGAUGGGGAGUAUGUGGUUGCGAUGGUUUUGGCGGCGGGGUGAGGUUUUUUCUGGC